AUGGCGAACGAGAAAAUGCUGCCAGCCCAAGAGGCUGCCAAAAUCUACCACACCAACUACGUGAGAAAUUCCAGAGCCAUCGGCGUCCUGUGGGGAGUUUUCACAUUAUGCUUCGCCAUCAUUACUGUGGUGGUCUUUAUUCAGCCCUACUGGAUUGGUGACAGCGUUAAUACCCCGCAGGCUGGAUACUUCGGACUCUUUCACUACUGUAUUGGCAACCCCAUCACCUCCGAACUGGUCUGUAAGGGAAGCGUUUUUGACUUUGGCUCGAUCCCAUCUGGGGCUUUCAGAACUGCUAUGUUCUUCGUAGGCUGCUCGAUGCUACUUAUCGUGGGUACGAUUGUGUGCUUGAGUCUUUUCUUCUUUUGCAACGCUGGGAGUGUGUACAAGAUAUGCGCGUGGAUGCAAACAGCUUCAGCCGUGUUGAUGGUGAUGGGUUGUAUGAUUUAUCCGGAUGGCUGGGAUGCUCCGGAGGUGAAGCGAAUGUGUGGUGAGAGGACAGACAAAUACACGCUUGGGAACUGUACCGUGCGUUGGGCUUACAUUUUAGGCAUCAUCAGUAUCCUGGAUGCGGGUUUACUGUCGCUGCUUGCUUUUACUUUGGGCAACCGGCAAGACAAGCUGCUGCCUGAGGACUUUGAGGUGGAAACAGGAAAAGACAGUGAGUGAAGAGCUCAGCCAUAAGAAAGAUAAAGACAGAAUACAACACAUGCCUAAUUUACACAACUGCACUGCAGUGGACAUGAAACAGGAGUCAGAUGACUUUGAAUUCCCAAGUUAUAUGGAAAACAAAACGUUUGUCCUCAUGCCUUGUUUUCUUUUGCUCUGUAUUUAGAACAAUCGAUGUUUUUUAUUUUUACCUAUCCAAUAAAUUAGCACGCAUUACAGAUAAAAUGAACCAGCUUUCAUCUCCAUUUGUAACAAUUUGAGAACAACAAAAAAGGUACACCCAUCUUCCAAAUGCUUUAUUAAAACACUUCUAUCCAGCUAAAUAAUCUUAGCAUAGAUGCAAUAGUAGGAUUUCUUUUAAAAACUGUACAUGGCUGUAAUAUACAGAUCAAGGCAAACUCUUUGGUACACAUAUAUACAGACACACUCACAUGCACAUGCGCGCACACAAGCAAAUACACAAACAAACGCACUCAUACUAUCGUUUUGUUUUGUUUUUCCUGCAAAAAUCCCAUUUUGGUGGCCUUUAACGGUUGCUCACUGAGUAGAAGCUUCUUGUACACAUUUACGUACUGACCCAUAAGUGAGAAGACUUUAAAAUCGAAUCUGCGACAGACAAGAUCAAAACCUACUUAACUAACGCACACACGCACACGCA